AUGGCGCCGACCAGACGAAGCGCAAAGUCGGACGCGACUCCGACUGGCAGGGCGGAAGAUAGACCUGCGGGAGCCAAGGGCGCUGUGAUUACGGCGGCGGAGGAGGUCGCGGCGGAGGCCGUCGAGUCCGGGAACGGCAGGCUUCCUUGCGCCGUGCAGUUCCCCUUGACGGUCGCGUUGAGGUUUGCUCUGUCGACACUCGGUCGCAUCGUCAUCUCGCAGGUGUCAAGUGGGGAGCUGGAGUCGUUGACCCGGAGCCAGGAUACGUGGGGAGAGGUGGCACUUGUGACGGGAUGGAACAUUUUCGAGCUGGCGCUGGGGUGGUUUGGCAAGCUGGAUAGCCUCGAAGCGGGCGCCGCGACUAUCCUGGCUCACGGGCCGGCCUUCUACCUGCUCGCGGCGUUCUACAACCUCGCUCCUGCGACCGCCAUCUCUGGGCUAGCCGUUGACGUGAUUUCCGUCGCGCUGCCUUUCUACCUGGUCCGCCCUCUUUCUUCGGCCUAUGAGUCGACCGCCAAGACGAACCGCGACGGUCUAGAUGUGCCCAUGCGGCUGCUGACCACCGUCCUCUCCACGGCCAUCUACACCGUCACGCUGGUUCUCUCGCUGCGUUUCUUGAUGCCUCGAAUCCUCGUUGUUUACUUCAGUGGGCUUCCCAGCCUCGAGCCGGCGUACUCUGCCUCAUAUACGAACAGCCUCCCUGUUACGGUUUUGUUCGGACUCGCUGCCAGCGCCUUCAUCUUUGCGCCGUUCGCCAACACUGGCAAAGCCAAGGAAGAUUCCAGGAUUGAGCAGUUUGAUCCUGUGAGCGCAUCCCUGGCCCAGACUGUUUGGUGGAACUUUUGGGGAUACACAGCCAAGACCAAAGUCUUGAUUCGACGAACGGCUUUUGCUGUGCUUUUAUCAGGUGUCGGCACUUAUCUUGCCUGCACCAGGGCCAUGUAUGGUAUCGAAUCGACUGGUGCCACUGCGUAUGCUGGUCUCUGGGCUGCAGCUGCGUUGUUUGUCGGCGUUGGUCUGGGUCUUGUAGGCGGCGACUAA